AUGCUCCCCAAGGUCCCAACGUUUUCUGGGUUCUCCCCCGCAUCUUCUACUCAGAAGAAUACACCUUCUUCGGCCACUCCCCAGGCGGCACCUGGCACGGCGCCGACGUCGCAACCGUCCUCUGGUUCGUCGACCACCCAGCCAUCACAAUCGGCAUUCUCCUGCUCCUCUGCGCCGCCAUCACCGCGCUCCUCUACCGAAAACUCCGCUCAAACCGCGCUUCUUACACCGCAGUACCCGCCCGCGACCGGUCCUCCAGCGAGGGCACUCGAGCCUGGGAUUGAAAAGCCUUUCGUCAUCCGUAACUAA